AUGCCAUCUUGGGAAGGUGCGGCCCUCGCCUCGUCUGCAGCAGCUGAUAGCCCGUCUCUCGAAGCUGUCGUCGCCGCUGAAAAAAAGGUCCGAACAACCAGAGAAAAAACGACCAUACAGCCUCUUGUUCCCGAAAUGACCUGCCGCUUCGUCUCCGCCUGCCGCGCCUGGCUCCACCGCCUCGUGGCCAAGAUGGCCCUCUGCACCUGCACCUUGGCGCUGCCCCGGUGGCUGAUCCGGCCCAUCGUGGCCCGCAUGCCGACCCCCGAGGGCGAGGGUGAGGGUGAGGCCGGCCAGCCCGGCGAGGCCUACGAGAUGGCCGACCUGGAGCGCGGCCCCGCCACCGAGGAGGAGCGCGGCCUGGCCGCAGAGAGGGCGCGCCUCGCCCAGGGCGGCCUGAGAGGCAUGUGGGCGCGGGGCAGCAUCCGCCGCCCAAUCUUCAUCACCAUGAGGCCGCCGCCGCCAGUCCUCAUCGUCGUCCAGCCGCCCACCCCCUAA